GAAGCGACAUGUCGUUUCUGUAAAAUCUUUUUCUGGCGCGUCGCGUUAUUGCAAUUUGCAAGCCCCAACACUUUCGCUUCAAACCCUUCCAAAGCCCUAUUCCCAACUUCUUCUCUCGCCUCUCCGGCGAAAUGCCCGUCGUCGCUCCCUUCUCCGGCGACACCCGAGGCGUCUCGGACUCCUCCUCCAACGGCUCUAUUGUCCCGUUCUCACCGGAGGCUCCGAACCACUCCGCGGUGUACGCUCUCCGCCACGGUCUCAAGCCUCCGAUCGCUCGCCUUUCCAUCUCCUGGUCCCGAGGCAACACGCUUCGCGUUUCAGUUCUCCGGCAACCUUCCGACGACGGUGAAGCCGGCGGGAGAGUGGUGGAGGUGAAUCUCAGCAAUGGAGACGCUGAGAUCAGUGACGCGCAGUGGCGGAGGAUCGCUUACGGUUCCGUCACGCCGUUUGCGCUCCUCCAGAGCCGGAGGAGCUCCGUUUCGAGCUUGUCGAAAAUGUCGAUCAGUCCUUCGCAUUAUCACGUUGAUUGGUGGGAGUACGUAAUGGAGUAUAGCAAGGACAUUGUUUCACUUCUUGGCCAUCGAAAAUCGCCUUCCGGUACUGUGAUCGAAGACCCGAGGGAGAUUGUAAAGACAGUUGAGGAGCCUACAUCCUUAAAAGCCGCAUGGGAUUUGAUGGAAAUAUUUUAUGCAGACAAACAAUCUCAACCGUGGCUACCUGAGCGCCUUGUUGAUUGGUUAACUGAUUAUGAUUGCCUCCUUUCCAGUACUCAGACAACAGUUCAUUCAAAACUUGUGGGUUUUCAGAAAGAACUUGUUAGUUUGCAGGUUAUUGAAGAUUAUCCUAAAUAUUGGGAGGUGAUAUCAUCGGCACUAGCAAUUGGCUGGCUGGAACUAGUGGUGAAAAUGCUGCGCUUACAUGGAUCAUAUGAACUAGAUCAGCUUGGAAAUCGCGAGACAGAGAACGGUCUGGUGGAGGCAGUUGCAGUUCUUAUUUCAAAAAUGCCUCGCAUGCGCCUGGAACUGGCAGAAGGAAAGGCCGGUGAAUGCUUUAUGGCGAAGCCUGAUUUUAUGAAGGCGUGGGAAAAAUGGCGGGCACAAAUUUCUAAGCUGGACUCUAGUGCAUACUGGGUUGAGUGUGAUCACCUUCAGACUCGGGAGGGCUUGAAAAAUAUGCUACAAAUCAUGCUUGGAAACACUAACAGUCUCUCUGCUGCAACAUGCCAUUGGGUAGAACUGUAUAUUUCACACCUUCUAUACAUCAGGCCAUUCACAGUGGGUCUAGAAAGCAUGAAUAGCUUAGCCCAGAAAUGCAUGCAGUUAAAACCAAUGUCCAGUACCCACAGGUUGAUUGAACUUAUGGUUGGAAUUCUUGGAGAAAAUACUGAGGUUGUCUUGGCAGAAUGCUCGAGAGCAUUUGGCCCUUGGAUGGUUGCACAUGCUACCGAGUUGAUGACUGCUGGAAGUGAUCAAGCAGAAGUUCUUUUACAUGAAGAGCGUGAUAACUUGGGGGAAAUGAGUAUAGCUGAAUUACACCGUCUUGUCUAUGCUCAAGUGUUGGCUUCACAUGUGUUGACUUGGCAAAUUGCUCCUGUAUACCUGAUAUCUUGCAUGAAGCAGGGAAUGGGGUUGCUAGAGCUUUUAUUAUGUAAGCAACCUGUUCAACAUAACGAAACGCUUCUUAAGAAUAUAGAGAUAUGCCGUUUAUAUGACCUUGACAGCGUUAGUUCAAACAUUAUGAAGGUUGCUGGUGUAUAUCACUGGAAGCAUGGUAGAAAAGGUGCUGGAGUUUUCUGGCUUCAGCAAGCUCGGGAUGAAGUUCGUCUUAACAGGAUUGCUAAGUACCUUUUUGAUUCCGUUGGAAAGUCAAUAUCUGAUGAGAGCUUCAAGCAAUGGGAAGGCUUAAUUGAAUUGUUGGGUUCUGAGUCUAAGACUGCCGGCGGCCUUGACUUCUUACACAAGUAUAGGGAUUUUAAAAAGUCGCUCAAGCAGGUUCAAGUGGGAAAAACUACUGAUGCUUCUAGGCAAGCUGCAGAAUCACUGAUAUCGCUUAUGAAAAACCCUUCUACACCUCAGCAGUUUUGGCUGCCUCUGUUGUAUGACUCGUUGAAGCUGCUUAAUUGGCAGGAGCGUCCUUUGCUAAGUGUUUCUCAGACAAAUCUCUUAUUGAACAAACUGCAAGAGUUAUCCAUGGCAAAGCUGCGUCCAGACUUCAUUGAAGUGGACUUGCCACCGCAGGCCUUGAGUUCUGUCAGGCUAGCUCUUGCCACAAAUCUCGGACGCGCUAUCUUGGAGGAAUAAAGUUGCUUCCUUUCCCAUGAACUAGCCUGUUAUUGAAGCGGCUCCGUGAUAUGGAGGCGUAUUGGAGGGCAUCUAGAUAAUUUCUUUCGAUGGAAGUCCCAGUAUUUGUAUGGAAGAUGUCCAUGCAGCUUUUCAAGCAAACACGGUUCGGCAAAUCUAAAAAUGAGCUUCUUCAUUGUAAAGGAUUUGAAGUCGGUGUACCUGUUGUAAAUUUGCAGCCUAUGUUUCCGAGAACCAGAUGACAGAAGAGAGCUGCAUCAGGGUUUGUUGUUGUACUUUUGCUUAAUCCAUCUAAGGGGUUGAAGAGAGAAAAAUGGUUUUACGCUUGAUGUUAUGUAAUAUGGUUUGUAGGAUGAGAAGCUAUUCUGUCGACUAUUUAAGCUGGGAUAUAGAUAAUCUUUUUUUUUUUUUU